UGGGGCAGAUCCCUAAAGCCCGUAAUAAGUUAAUACACAGACAGGUAAGGUCCUCACAGGGGCCCACCGUGUUCUAACCCAUUAUUUUCAUGCACAUGCAUGGUGCAGUACCAGUAGUGCUAACGAAGAUCCACAUCUGAAUUCUCUCCGUGCUAAGAACGCCGUCCUUGUACGUCGUAACCCUGUGGCUGCUGCGAGAUGUCAGGAAAUACAUAGAUAGAAUAUAUCUAGUAGAAGCAAAAGUCGAAAAGACAGAGCAUUGAAUCGAUAUCAGUAAUCUCUUUCAUCGCCAGCAAUUCUCAACAUUGUCACAUCUUGCAUUAUUUAUUCAAAAAUAGAAGAAUGUCGAUUCCCCAAGAGACCAGCGUUUUGGUGGUGGGUGGUGGCCCGGCAGGCUCCUAUGCGGCGUCGGUGCUGGCGCGUGAAGGGAUCAGCACUGUGCUGUUGGAGGCCGAUGUCUUUCCACGAUACCACAUUGGCGAGAGUAUGCUUCCGUCAAUGCGUCACUUCCUCCGCUUUAUCGAUCUGGACGAGACCUUUGUAAACCAUGGAUUCGUGCAAAAGAAAGGUGCUGCCUUCAAACUCAAUUCGUUCCCCGAGGCUUACACCGAUUUUGUGGCCGCGGGUGGCCCUGAUGCCUAUGCCUGGAAUGUCGAUCGUGCUGAAGCGGAUAACCUGAUGUUCCAACAUGCCCGCCAAUGUGGUGCAAAGGCCUUUGAUGGUGUCAAGGUUUCGUCGAUUGAAUUCAAACCCUUGGGUGAACUCGACGGUGAGAGUGACUCGCAACUUCCCAACCCCGGACGCCCUGUCUCUGCCCAGUGGUUGCGCAAGGAUGGAACCUCUGGGACCAUAAAUUUUGAGUAUCUCAUUGACGCCAGUGGUCGUGCUGGCUUGGUGAGCACCAAGUACUACAAGAAUCGCAAGUAUAACCAGGGGUUGAAGAAUAUUGCCAACUGGGGCUAUUGGGAGAAUGCAAAGGUGCAUGCUCCUGGAACUCAGAGAGAAGGCCAGCCUUUCUUUGAGGCAUUGCAGGAUGCCAGUGGUUGGGUUUGGACAAUCCCUCUGCACAACAAUAGAACGUCUGUGGGUGUCGUUAUGAACCAGGCUACUGCUGCCACCAAGAAGAAGGCCAUGGAGGACGCAUCGACCGGGCGCUUUUACCUCGAUACUCUGAAGUCCACCCCCGAAACAUGGGACCUCGUCUCUGAUGCAAAUCUCGUGUCUGAGGUUAAAUCAGCUUCCGAUUGGUCAUACAGCGCCUCGACCUAUGCGACCCCAUAUAUCCGCAUUGCAGGCGACGCAGGGUGCUUUAUUGAUCCCUAUUUCUCCUCUGGUGUCCAUCUGGCUCUCGCCUCUGGUCUCUCGGCUGCCACUACCAUCUGUGCGGCCAAGAGGGGUCAGUUAAAGGAAGUUGAUGCCGCCAAGUGGCAUUCCAGCAAGGUCGGAACGGGUUAUACUCGCUUCCUAGUCGUCGUCAUGAGUGCUCUGAAGCAGAUCACAGUACCAGAGGAACCGGUCAUCGGCGACUGGGAUGAGCAGAGCUUCGACCAAGCUUUCUCCAUGUUCAAGCCCAUCAUCCAAGGUACUGCAGAUGUGACGAACAACCUCACCGCAGCCGAAAUCUCCCAAACCAUUGACUUCUGCAUGAAGGCUUUCUAUCCGGCCCCUCGGGAGCAGCGAGAGGUGAUUUUCGACAAGCUAUCCAAUGGCUCUUCUGCUGGCGGUAAUCCGAAAAAGUCGGCACUGCUUGAGCAGACUCUUUCGGCAGAUGAGCAACGUAUUCUGACAACCAUGAGGGCCAGGAAUGCCAUCCGAACCGAGGAUUUGAUCCACAUCGAUAAUUUCAGUGUUGAUAUUAUCGAUGGAAUGGUUCCUCACUUGAAGCACGGUGACCUAGGCCUCAUUGAUGUGGCACACACUCAGAUCAAGCCUCCCACUGCUGACACCAAGCAAGCGGUCUCUAUCUUCUCUUACUAAGAAAAUAGCUUGGUCUGGAGAGGUUGACGAGUAUUAUCCAUGAGACCUCACGUGGCAUGGUUUAGUAGGCCAUUUUCUUUGACCCGUCGGUACUUUUGGGCGUUUUGUUAAAUUUCUUACUCAAUUGAGGAAAGCUUCUUAACUGUGUUCCCUUGCCUCAAACACCUUAGAUAUUG